AUGAGUUGCCUUGUUUGGAAUUGUCGUGAGCUUGGGAACUUGCAUAUAGGGAAAGAGCUUGGAGAAUUAAUCUGGGCAAAAUAUCCCUCCGUCGUUUUCAUUGUUGAAACAUGGGCAGAAGAAGCAAGGCUUAAAGAAGUACAGAGGAAUAUUGAUUUUGGAAAUAUGAAACAUAAGGGUAAAGAUGAUUUUAUGGCAAUUAAACUUGAUAUGAGCAAAGCUUAUAAUAGGGUGGAGUGGUCCUAUCUUGAAGCAAUGAUGAGGAGAAUGAGAUUUAUGGAGAGAUGGAUUAAACUCAUGAUGAUUCGAAACCUUCCAUUCCCUCUCAUCAUGAUCAAUUCCCAUCAACGAUCACUGGAAACCCACUCCCAAUUUGCCAAUCUCCACCGUUCAAUUCCUAGUUUCAGUUUUAACUCCGGUGUGUCUUUCUCAGGAAAUAAUGAUCGUGGGUAUGAAUGUGGACGUGGUUGGAACAACCAAUAUAGAGAGUGUAGUAAUCAUAAUUCUUCAAAAAGGAAUAACACACCUUACCAUCAGAAGAAUAAAAAUGGCAAGGGUUUACAGAAUAAACCAUCAAAGGGCCAUGAAAAUAAGUGUUAUAGGUGUGGUGUGGAAGGUCAUUGGUCAUGUACCUAUCUUACUCUUAAACAUUUGGUAGAUCUGUACCAAGCCUCCAUAAAAGAAAAGGGAAAAGGAAUUGAAACAAACUUUGUUGAUUAUAAUAAUUUUGAAGAUCCUAUGAAUUAUCUUGAUCUUCCAAAUGGAGUUGAUACGACUCAUCUUGACGUCUCUGAUUUCUUUAAGGAUGAUGGAAAAUUUGAUAACUUGAUUGGUGAUGGAAAUGUCCAUACCAAUUAA